AUGGGAUCUCACCUCUCAAGAUUCUGAACAGAAAGAUCUUCUGCUGUCUCUGAGCCUGAGGAAUCAGAUCAGCGAGGGAGGGAGGGUAAGAGAAAGCAAAAUGAGUGCAGUAGGGACGCAGCAACUGCAUAACGUGUUCGUUUAUGGAAGUCUCAUGGCGGACGACGUUGUUCGGGUUCUCUUAAAGCGCGUUCCUCACUCCUCUCUGGCUAUCCUCCAUGGCUAUCACAGGUUUAGUAUCAAAGGGCGUGUUUAUCCAGCUAUUCUGCCAGUUGAGAAUAACAAGGUUACUGGAAAGGUCCUCUUGGGAAUUACAGAUCCUGAGUUGUAUAUCUUGGAUGAAUUUGAGGAUGUUGAGUAUGAAAGGAGCACUGUUGAGAUUUCUCUGAAUGAGGGUACUGAGAAGUUACAGACACAUACUUAUAUUUGGAGCAAUAAAAAUGAUCCAAACUUGUAUGGUGAUUGGGAUUUUGAGGAAUGGAAAUCAGUGCACAUGGACGAUUUUAUCAAGAUGACCAAUGGUUUUGUGGAAGAGCUGAAGCUGCCUGAUUCAAAGCCAAGAGUGACCGUGUAUGAAUCCUUGUAUGGGCAAGAUUGUGGCCAUGAUUCCGCUGACUCGUAAAUGUUGUCUGUGACUAUUCUGUAGCACUGUUACGUUCUGGUCGUGGGCUCGUGAUGUAAGUGCUGUGAUUGCAGGUCUUAAACAAAAGAUGCCAUACAUUGCCAUAUUUUUUUCACGAUAUAAUAAUUCCAGUUGAAAUGGAAAUUCCAAAAGUGCAACAUUGUUGUUAAUCUCGUGUUAAAUUUAAGUUGUUAUGGUUGAUUAGCAUGUGUGGCCUAGUGAUAAAGUUGCAAGGGUGUAACCAAGAGAAGUUGUAGGUUUAGUUCUUGGAAAUGUCUUCUCCACAUAUUAUGCAGGGUAAGAUCUGCGUACAUCCGAUCUGUUAACUACGGGAGUCUUGUAGAUUUGUAUGGUCAGUGCUAGAGUUGCAAUAAUGCAACUUAGAGAUUUUAGCUUCAA